AAUGACUCUUCUGCACACUACUUUCUCACAUCGUCUCUCGUAUGUUCUGAUCCUACGCAUACAACAGUCUAGAAAAUAAUGAUUUGAUGUAUUCUGACCAUGUACGCGAGUUCUCCUGUGGCAAGAUGUACUACCGCACAUUCUAUUUGGACGAAAGAAGGGAUUCUCUCUACGUUGGAGCCAUGGAUCGAGUUUACCGCCUUAACUUGAGUAACAUUAGCCAUUCAAAUUGCGAGAGAGAUUCGAUGAGUCUGGAACCGAGCGACGUGGCCAACUGCGUCUCUAAAGGGAAAUCGGAGCAUUUCGAUUGCCGGAAUCACAUCCGCGUCAUUCAGCCAAUGGGAGAUGGAGGCCGAUUAUACAUCUGCGGCACGAAUGCCCAUAGCCCAAAGGAUUGGGUUAUCUAUCACGUCGUCUCCGUCUCCUCUGGCAUCGCCACCUCCUACCCUCCACGACAUUACCCCUACGACAUCCUCGCCUAUAAGCCCUCGCCGCCACUUAGCCGCCUCCACACAACCCUCGCCGUGCACCCACCGUCUCACCCAUCACUGCCGCCGCGUCCUCAUCGCUUUCACCAUCGCCCUCUGGCAGCCGGGCUCUGCGGCCACCGUCGGGGCCGCCGCCAACGCCGCCGCCUUCGCCGCCGCCCCGCGCGCUUUGUGGCGCUGUCGGCCGCAGGGGUCCGCUCGCCGCCCCCGCUCGAGGCCGCCUGGAGGGCUUCCGCGCGCCGUCAACGCCUCGCCGCCGACCUCGACGCCCGCCCGCCACUCGUGGACGCGUCCUCCAUUACCCUUGGAGCGCGCGGGCGUCCGGGCCGUUGUCUGGCCCUCGCGCCCCCAUCUCGACUGCCGCCUCGCCUCGCCGCCGCCUCGCCUCGCCGGGUCCGGGCGUGGCGCGCCGACCCUCUACGUCACUGA